UAUAUCACUGGAACUAUUUACACCACGUGGUCGCAGCACAGACAGUAGUUGCGAGAUACAAUCAAUGUCUUCGUUUUUCCAAUCCAGGAAAAAAGCGGCAGUUGGCGUGAGCUUGAGCGGAUAUUGCUAAGAGUUGUGGAUACGACUUACAUUUUCGGUCGCACGCGGAAGAUUGCGGAUGACUUAACUCGACUGGGGUUUUUUUUCUUCGGUUUUCGGUUUGUUGCGUACACCGAACCGUGAGUUUGUUUUGUUGUAUGGACGUUACGUGUGUAGUCAGAUGGUUUGUGAAUUCAAGUGGAAAUAUUCUCAGCGUUUAUAGGAAUGAUAAAUACUGGAGGAAGAACAAACUUAAUGUGCGAGGUACACGUGUGUUUGAUACGCGGUACAAUUUUCAGGUUUGAUCAGUACAGAUUAAUUUGCCUUCAAAUUAUCGUCCACUAAUGUAAAACUGACCACAAUCCGAAGUAAAUGUAUAUUCAAAUAAUAUUAUCAGUUGCUAACAUUUUUAAACAGCAAAUGUUUACUAUAUAAUGUUUGCAAUAUUGUGACAGUUAUUAAUCAUCUGUCAUGAACUGUAAAGCAAAUGUUUUUAUUCACGUUGUGUGGAUUAUUUUAAUAGCCCCUCAGUAGCUAACGCUAGGAUUCAAUUUGCGUUCAUAUGUGUCCUAAACUUAUGCAGUCAGGAUACGUGGAAACCUUUCUUGAGAACGUCUACCCAUAUAUGUUGUAGAGGAUUCUGAUAUGACUAUCAUUUACGUUUUACCAAAUAUUAUAUUCGAUAUCCGUUUCGUAGAAAAUAUCGCUGAAUUCGUUUACAAGAUCGCGAAAUGGACGUCACCAAAACACCACUCUGAUCACUACCGUACCCACUUUGUUUUGGAUAGCUACGGAUACCAUUUUCGCAUGCAGAGUCCACCUAUUCUCAGCAUCAACAGUGAUACCUUUCCGAGCACCAUCAUCUCACGGAAAUACGUAUUCAGCGCUCACAAAGCUUCGACGAACAAGCAGUACAUGCGUUCUUACAGCGAAAAUUCAACCGGAGUUUCCGAGUUUGAGCUGAAUGGUUACUCUACCAUUUCUUUCCUGAACUCCAGCGAGAAUGGAACAGAAUUAGACCUGAAGCAUCCCAUCGUAGGAAUAUGUCUGUCUUGUUUCUCCUUCAUCACGAUUGUGGGAAAUCUAAUGGUGAUCAUCGCCGUGUUCAAGGAGAUAUACCUGCGGACGGUGACCAACUACUUCAUCGUGUCCCUGGCUGUAGCGGACAUGAUGGUCGGGGGAGUCGUCAUGCCUUUCAGCAUUUCCCACGAAAUGACAAACCAGAAAUGGCUGUACGGCCAAGAGUGGUGCGACCUGUGGCACUCGCUGGACGUUCUGGCGAGCACGGCGUCCAUCCUCAACCUGUGCGUCAUCUCCCUGGACAGAUACUGGGCCAUCACUGACCCCAUCGCCUACCCGGGCAAGAUGAACACGUGCAAAGUGUGUUUGUUGAUCACGUUCGUGUGGCUGUGCUCCGCGGGCAUCUCAUUCCCCGCCAUCGCCUGGUGGAAGGCCGUCACUCCCCCGGACCUGACGGACCACCUGUGUCUGUUCACGGAGGACAGCGGAUACCUCAUUUUUUCGUCCAUCGUUUCGUUCUACACCCCCAUGUUCAUAAUGCUCUUCGUGUACUACAGAAUAUACGUGGCCGCCGUGGCCCAGACGAAAGGUCUGAAGUCCGGAACGAAGAUCAUGACGAACGGACUGCACGGGGAAGGGGAAGUGAUGACUCUCCGCAUCCACCGGGGUGGGAUCCGGCGCCUUCACGACGAGAUUUCCACGGCUCCGACAGCUUCCUUGGAGCGUUCCACCAGCGACAGCGACGGCGAGAGCCCGUCACACACCGUGCGGCACGGCACCAACCACUACCUGGAGGUGGAGGACCAUCAGCAUCAUCAUCAUCAUCAUCAUCAUCAUCAUCAUCUCUGUCGUCAUGACCAGCACCAGCCAAAACUCAUCACAAAAAGACUUCGUCAUUUCGCAAUCAGCAAGAAGCUGACAAAAUUAGCAAGGGAACAAAAAGCCGCCAAGACCUUGGGGAUCGUGGUAGGGGUGUUUAUAAUGUGCUGGCUUCCGUUUUUCGUAACCAAUGUCUUACUUGGCAUAUGCCACCUCAACUGCGUUCUAUACCCCGAUAUAAUAUAUCCAGUAUUCACGUGGCUUGGAUACAUAAACUCAGGCAUGAAUCCUAUAAUAUAUGCGCUCUCCAUGAGAGAUUUCCGGAGAGCUUUCGGAAAACUGAUCUUCGUGUGUUGUCCCAGGUACAGGUUUAGGCAACCCAAGAAGAAAUGUUGCCAUAACAGCAUGUCGACGUCAAGUUUUUCAGUUAAUUGUGGAGACCGCUGCGUGGCUCUGAAAAUAUAACGUCGCUGUCUUCUCUUUCAUUGUACCAAAAAGAAGCUUUGACGGUUUGUUUUAAAAGUUUGUCAAGGCUUUAAUGAUGAAAUGUAUAAUAAUUUAUAUGUUUUUCUUUUCACACAUUUAUGCAUAAAAAAGAAGUAAUAUAACAUCGAAUAAAUCUAAUACGCAAAAAAUAAUAAUGUCUUUUUCAUUUCGAUAUUUGAUCUGAUAACAUACAUAUUAAUGGUAGCGACUUUUAAUGUAAGACCCAAAACAAAAUAUAAAUUAUUUAACAUAAUCAGAAUUGCUUAAUGAUAUAGUGAAAUAGCCAGUAUCAAGACAUCGAUCGGCGGAAGUGUGGUAGAUACAUAAAUAAAAACAAACAAACUUGCACAUAAUGAUGUUUCAUGUGCAUAGAUGGUGUACCAGUUUUUAUCCCGCUUACUACUUAAAGCGACAUUCCUGAGUUUAC